UUUUAUUUGCUUUAAUAAUUAUAACAAGAUGUACUCAUAUGCCCCAUUAGGUGUCUCUUAUGCUUCUCCCUUAGCAACUUCAAUAGCAAGACCAUUGCCAGGUUAGAAAUGAUUCAAAUAACCUUUAGUUGGAUAUGCUGCUCCAGUGUCUUAUGCCGCUCCAAUUUCCUAUGCUGCUCCAAUCUCAUACGCCCCACCAGUUUCCUAUGCAGCACCUCAAUAUUCACCAAUAAGAGGAGAAUCUAGAGUUGAAUAUGUGCCAUAUCAAAAACCUGUUGUUGAAUUGGAAGAGGAAGUCAGAACUGUUUAGGUAUGUAGAUAGCAAAAAACAUUAGGUACCAAGAUAGAAAUGGGUUACAGAUUAUUACCCUGUUGAAUAUCAAAAGGAAUACGUGCCAUAAGUAUCUUAUGAGAAAUAAAUCGAUUACGUUCCUGUUGAGAAGAAUGUCCCAAGAGUCGAUUAUUUAGAAUAUGAAAGAGAGGUAUUUGUUUUAAUCAAUAAAUUUAAUAGGUCAGAAGAGCCCCUCCUGCUCAAGUAUCCUAUGCAUCACCUCUUUCUUACAGCUACGUAGCUCCAGUGGCUCCUGUUAGAACAAGUGUUGUUGCACCAACCUAUGGUUAUGGUUAUGGUUAUGCUCCAGCCUACAGCUAUGCAGCUCCAACAUUCGGCUAUGGUUCAGUUUACAGAUAUUGAUUUUACAAUCGUAUAUCAAUUUUAUGCAAUUUUAAAUAAAAAAUAACAAUAA